AUGAGAGGUUUCAGAGAAGCCGUGUCGGGAAGCAGAGCAGACGGCAGCGGAGAAGAAAGUGGGCAUUCAGAGGAAAGAAGAGGGCAGCGCGAAGCGGAAAAACUGGGCAAUGCCGAAGAAGGGGUGGAGGUUCAAAGCAGACGACACCUGAGCCAGGCACUGCAGGCAAAUCCUUGCGAAGAAGCUGCAGUGGGGGCUACACAGUUUCGACUGGGUGAGGCACCCUGA